UCAACAUCUAAUCUUAUCACAUGAAGGGGGUUGGGCAGAAAUAAGGUUUAGUGUACACAGAACAUUGGUGUAGACAGGUUUGGGACUUCAAAGAAAAUGGAGGUCUCCAAAAACUAUAUUGUUCUCCUCCAAGACUAUCUCAACAAAGCUUGUGAAGGCAAGCCUGCCUGGGAGAUCAUUUUGAAGACAGCAGGAACAACUGUCCUUUUAGUAUGGGCAAAAGACUUCAUAUUCCAAGAUGAAAGUAUGUACUUUUAGCUGGGAGGCUGGCUUUGCUUCUGGAACAGUGUACAAUGGCAACAAAACACUAACAGAACUUAUGACAAAGGUUUAUGGUAUGUCAGCCUGGUCUAAUCCUCUUCAUCCUGAUGUCUUCCCGGGUGUGAGAAAAAUGGAGGCAGAGGUGGUGAGAAUGUGCUGCACAAUGUUCCAUGGAGAUGCAUCUAGUUGUGGAGUUAUGACGACUGGAGGUACUGAAAGCAUUAUUAUGGCAUGCAAAGCCUAUCGUGACUAUGCUAUCAAUGUAAAGGGCAUCAAGAAACCUGAGAUGCUAGUUCCAGUGUCUGCUCAUGCUGCCUUUGAUAAAGGUGCACAGUUGUUAGGGAUGCGAAUCAGGCAUGUUCCUCUUGACAGUGAAACAAUGAAAGUUGAUAUUGCAGCCAUGAGAAAGAUGAUCAACCGCAACACAUGCAUGCUUGCAGGCUCAGCCCCACAAUUCCCACAUGGUGUCAUGGAUCCCAUCAUUGAAAUAGGUGGUUUGGGCCUUCAGUAUGAUAUCCCUGUCCAUGUAGAUGCAUGUCUUGGAGGUUUUCUCAUUCCGUUCAUGGAUGAUGCAGGAUUUCCUCUUGCGCCAUUUGAUUUCCGUGUUCAAGGAGUUACUAGUAUAUCUGCUGAUACCCAUAAGUAUGGUUAUGCACCAAAAGGGUCUUCAGUUAUCAUGUACAAUGAACCUAAGUGGCGACACCAUCAGUUCUUUGUUACCCCUGACUGGCCAGGCGGUAUUUAUGCCACCCCGACAAUUGGUGGCUCAAGAUCUGGUGGCAUAGUGUCAGCUUGUUGGGCUGCUUUGGUGUACCACGGCAAACAAGGUUAUGUUGAUUAUACAAGGAGUAUCAUCCAAACUACUAGAAAGAUAGAAGAAGGGUGUCGCAACAUCAAAGGAGUCUUUGUGUAUGGCAAGCCAGAAGUAUCAGUUGUUGCCUUAGGGUCCAAUGACUAUAACAUCUAUCAGCUCUCGGAUAGAAUGGGCAAGAGAGGCUGGAAUUUAAAUGCUUUGCAGUACCCUGCUAGCAUCCACAUUGCAGUGACAGUCCUGCAUACCCAUCCAGGUGUUGCUGAGCGUUUCAUCAAAGACAUAAACGAAUUGUCUGCAGAGCUCCUUGCAAACCCACCAAAAGAUUCUGGUGGAAGUGCAGCAUUGUAUGGAAUGGCUCAAAGCAUCCCAGAUCGAUCUCUUGUGGGGGAGAUGGCAUGGUGCUACCUGGAUGCUGUAUAUUCCACCAAAAUAUCAAAGAAGCCCACUAUUGAGUAGGCAGCUCACCAAGAAAUAAGAAGCAGUAUGGAAGAAUAUGGAAAUUGGCUCUUUACAUGGCAGUGUAUUUUCAGGAAGUAAUUUACUGCUCGUUUCCAAACUAUCAUUAACAGUUGUUAUAUAAUAUCACUUGUAAAGGUUUAACAAGAAACAGUAAAGGAUGUCAAUUAAAUGAAGUACAUUGUAAUUUUGGCAAGUUUGAGAGUAUCAUAAGCAAUUAUUCUGGUAUUUAGUGUAGCCAGGAUGUGGUAUUAACAUUUUAUGUUAUUUUUACACGGUUUGUAAUGUGAAGUAUUUU